UGGUAAACCUCCCCGUCCUGUUAGAGCAGAAGAACAGGCUUGUUUUUUGUUCUUUUUUUAGUUCGAACCAACAACCUGAAAUCAUGACACCGACACGCUGUCUACCUCUGAUCCAGAGCCACAGGGGUUUGUGGAGAACUUUCUUCCUCCCAGGUGUUCAGCCACACAGGAGCUUGGCGGAUAAGAGCGACGGCGGUUGGUGGAGCUCCGUGUUUGGACACAAAGUGGACGUGAGGAAAGAUGCCCACUCCAAUCUGCUGUCCAAAAAAGCGACCAGUGGCCUUUACAAAAUCCAGUUUCACAACGUCAAGCCAGAGUGCUUGGAAGAAUACAACGAGCUAUCAACGGAGGUUCAAAGAGAGCUUCACGAUGAUCCAGAUUAUCCCUGUGAAGUUGUGGGAAGCUGGAACACAUGGUAUGGAGAACAGGACCAAGCAGUGCAUCUCUGGAGAUACUUUGGUGGAUAUCCAGCUCUGAUGGAAUGCUUCAACAAACUCAAACACAACAAGGCGUAUCUCGAGUUUCGCAAAAGGAGGAGUAAAAUGCUGAUCUCUCGGCAGAACCAGCUUCUUCUCGAGUUCAGCUUCUGGAACGAUCCCUUACCCCGACCUGGUCCGAAUAUAUACGAACUGAGAACAUACAGAUUAAAGCCUGGCACGAUGAUUGAAUGGGGAAAUCACUGGGCUCGAGCAAUCAAAUACCGCCAAGAGAACAAUGAAGCAGUGGGAGGAUUUUUCACUCAGAUUGGAGAGUUGUAUAUCGUUCACCAUCUCUGGGCCUAUGAAGACCUGCAGUCCAGAGAGGAGACGAGGAACUCAGCAUGGAUGAAAGAGGGCUGGGAUGUCAGUGUGUAUUACACAGUGCCUUUAAUCCAGAGUAUGGAGUCAAGGAUCUUGAUCCCUACAAACAGCUCACCUCUGCAGUGACCCGCAAGCUUGCAGUGUGUCUCGAUGACGAUCCCAUGGAUUCUCACCUCCUCUGAAUUGCAAUAUACUUACCUGACCGCUUCAUCGUUUACGCUCUCGUUUCACUGUUGUAAAAUAUCGAAUGGGAAGAAUGUUGUUCACAGUUUUUGUUUUAUUUUUUUUUUAUAAUGAAUAUCAGUGUUUACUUUGUAUUAUUAUGAAGUACAGCUGGAACCAGACUAGAAUAUUAGAAGUUUCUGCCUCGGUCGAAUGUACUGCCUUAUGUUUGCAUUAGAUACCUGUGCAGAUCUAUUUGUGCGCUGCAGGAGCGCAUGCAAUCAACAAUAAAUAUGUUGAUUGAGGAUUAUGGAUAAAGAUGAAAUUUUUGGAUGAAAUCUGGGUGAGAAAACAGACUAACAGUAGACUGUAUUAAAAGUCUUGCAUCAAAUUUGCAAUCUUUGCACCUUUAAGAAAUGAUCAUUUUUCCAAAAGUGAAUCUAGAAAAAUGUGCAUUUAACCAUCUAAAACAUGUGGUAACCCUUAACAGCUGCAUUUUACUGCUAAAUGAGUAACAGCACUGACAGGGUUUUAUUUUGCAUAGAAUUAGUGUGUGCUAGCAGCCUGAGGACGUUUAGGAAAUUCUAAUGCCUUCAUUCUAAUGCUCUCUUAUCUAAUAAUUAAUCUCUAAUUUCUUUUACUUGUGGUUUGUGACAAGUAAUGCUUAUAAGCACCAUCAAUAAAACAUGGCAUAUAUAUAGCUAUAUAUAUAUAUAUAUAUAUAUAUAUAAUAUAUAUAUAUAUAUAUAUAUAUAUAUAUAUAUAUAUAUAUAUGGAUAACUGAAGGUGGGUCUGAUGUAAUCACCACACAGUUCACUUUAAGGGGUAAGUCUUACAAAGUGGAAGACCGGUAGCAGAUCUGUGUUACUGUAGUAAGUAUCAUGAAUGUAUAAACCUGUUGCUCUGAAGAACAUAAUCACAGUGUUCUACAUUGUGCUUUUAAUUAUAGCUCCUGGGAAAUAGAAAAUAGGAAGUGCGUAAUUUAAGUUCCUUAGGAGCUUCACUUACCUGUCCAAUAGUUCAUGACAAAGUAUAUGGUGCAACAAUUAUUUUGUUAAGUUGCACGAUUUAUCGGUAUGUUAUGUUAGUAUUUAUUAUAAAAGUGUACAGUUUGGGAUAGUCUCUUAUCUGUAAAGAAUAAAGUAUUGGAUAUUGACUAUAGAAUAUUGUUCAAUUGAAUUAAAGGGAUAAAGAAAUACACGGAAAAAAAAAACAGUUUACUUUACACACUACAUUUUUUCGUAAGCUGUCGUGUGUCCAUGCAGGUGAAUUUUUGGGAAAACAGCUAAAACGAGAGGUUUUGACCAAAAUGUUUCAUGUAUGUUACCGACUAUCAUACUUAGACAACUUUAAGAAAACAUAAAUAUAUGAUACAAAAAAAAAAUGUGGAAAUGUUUCAUUUACGUUAUUCUCUUUGACAAGCUUUAUACAACGGUUAUUUUGGAUAAAGACAAGGUUUUAAAUCUUUCCUAAGUCUAAAGCGUUUCUAAACUUUCCAAAAAUAUUCAAUUGUUUUCCAAGCUAAUAAAAAGACAUAAAUGACAAAUGAGGUCAA